AUGGCUACACUUUUGAGAAAAAAAUAUCUUUCACUACGACCGAAGCGCAGUUUUCAUCGGCAGCAAUCCAGCGGAAUUUACUCGUGGCACAACCGUGGCAUCGGAUGGAAGCACGGACAAAGGAUUUUGAGGAACAGUCUGGGCGUGUUGGCGACCGCGGGUGUCACCUGCGGUGCUCUUCUCUAUCUCCUGGACCGUUCGGUCCAGGCGAUAGGUCACGUUGCGCAUCCGCCCAGCUAUCCCUGGGAUUUCAACGGGUAUCUCGCUUCCCUGGAUCACUCGGCCGUGCGGCGGGGUUGGCAGGUCUACAAAAGCGUGUGCUACACGUGCCACAGUCUGCGCUACAUGCGAUUCAUGGAUCUGAUCGACGUGUCGCAUACGGCGGACGAAGUCAAGGCCAUUGCCGCCGAGUACGAGGUAGAUGAUGGACCGGAUGAGGAAGGAAAUUACUACAAGAGACCCGGAAAAUUCUCAGAUUUAUUGCCGCCUCCUUUUCCGAAUGACGAAGCGGCCAAAGCAGCAAACUCGGGUUUGUACCCACCGGAUCUGACCCAUAUUAUUCUCGCUAGGCAAAACAGUAAAAAUUACCUAUUUUCCUUCCUGACGGGAUGGAUGGAACCGCCGGCGGGUGUAUCUUUAACCGACCAGCAACAUUUCAAUGUCUAUUUUCCGGGCGGCGUAACUGGAAUGCCGCAGAUGUUAAGUGAGGGAACAGUGGAGUACGAUGACGGCACACCGUCAACGACGUCGCAAAUGGCGAAAGACUUGGUCGAGUUUUUAACUUGGACAUCUUCGCAAAAUUUUGACACACGAAAGCAAAUGUUCAUUAAAGCAAUGGGAAUCUGUAUUAUAUUGCUGGCUUCGAUUGUUCACUAUUUGAGAUACAACUGGUCGUAUAUGAGGAGCAGGCAAAUCGCAUACGUGCCCAAAAGAAAAUAUUAA